AUGCGUUACGAAGACUGGGAUAUUCUUCUGUUCCCUCGCGAUGGCAAAGUUCCGCUGAAGGAAUUCAAAGUCGCCUGCCAUGUUGUGCAUGACAAUGAGCUCUCGCACAUACAUGGCUCGGUUGGUUUACCGACUGUGUGCUGCUUCGUUCCCAGCUUACUGCCUGGUGCUCCGUACAAACUGUCCAUACACUCUUGGUCAACGCCACCGAUCAGUCAAUUUACCCGAUCAUAUGGCAAAUUUGCAGACCGAGUGGUAUUUGAAGUCCGUCUAUUCGUAGAUGGCAGGCUGGUAUCGUCAUUCGCGAUGAACCGGUCCGGGCCAUGGCCUAACGUCCUGAAGAAUUCAUUUGAUCUAUCUGAUACUGGAGAAGUCGAGUCGCUCAUGUUCCCCAAUUUUCAACGAGAGCUACUCAACCAAAGUUACUGGAGCCCGGCCGAUGAUCUCGGUCGCAUCAAAGUCGUCAUCAGCGAAAGCUACCCUCGAGAGUCUCUAUCGGUGCCAUUUGAAAGACUCAAAAAUAUUGUGGCCUUUUCUUUUCAGCACGCACCACUUGAGAUACUUGAAAUUUCCGCAAUUGCAUGGCCGAAUAGUUCCAUGUGGCGCGGCAUGCCAUUUUCUGCGUCAACAACACUGCCCGAUAAACAGCUGGGUAGUAGCAGAUCGCAUGCACACUCGCCUCGCCCUCGAAACAAUUUCACUAUGCAUGCAAAUGUGUCAUUGGCAGGGGGGGCCAUUGCGGGCACUGGUCCGUUCCAAGCGGCAAAGUAUAAAGAAGUGUCCAAGCCACCUACAUUCUCAUACUCGGAUGCCCUACUCUCGACUAAUACGCCAGCUUCCGAUCCCUUUGUUGAGGCCAAUGCCUAUUUCGAAUGGCUCAGCGGUAUCGGUAUGGGCCUCAACGGCGAGACUAACUCGACUCCAGGCCUGCAGGCUGCAACUCAUGAUCACCACAAGUCGAGUACAGACACAAGCAUGCCCGACUACGUUUCCUCCACCGGACUGCCUUCUAAUACGGAUGGUGGGACCGACAGCUAUGCAGUUAGGAUGAGCAAUGAAGGGGACAGUAAACACUUGAAGGUUCCCACCAAUACUCCCACGACCUGUGAUCCCAUAACGGAAAGCGAGGUUUCCGCUACAAUCUCGAUCAGUGGAGAACCAACCAGCGUUCGCAGAAUCUCUCAGCAACUAUUCGAAUCUGGUAGCCUUGUCAUGACGGCUGGCUCUGAAUGCGAAAGUCCUUCACGUCGCAUGAGUGCGGGCAGGUCUGGUAAACGUAUUCGCGAUUUUUCAUCCACUUCCUCGGAGAACUUGGAGAACGAGGAGGUGCUUCGCAGAGCAAGCCCGCACGUUCGGCUCGGUGCACUCGACAAGAUCGCAGCCAAGUAG